AUGCUAGAAGAUCUUCCAGAAAAUGCUGUAGUGACUUUAACAUUUAACUUUGUUAAUUGUAAACACUCAUAUCACAAGUAUUUAGUAGAAGGUGAUAAAUUAAAUAAUGUAGAGUUAUCAGACGAUCAAAUUAUUUUGAAGACACCAGAUACUAUGAAAGAUUUUGUUGAACAAGGUGUUGCGCAACAGUAUUCUUUACAUAAUAUGGAGAAUAUUUUUUGGAAAUACCUUGGUGAUUGUAUCAGAGCGAAUAGUAUAUAUUAUAAUGAGUCAUCAUUUAGUAAUAUGUUGAUUAACAUGAGUAAGGAAGAGUCUGAAGACUAUAAUACAUAUGAGAGUGUUUAUUUUGGCAAGGUUCUUAUGUUGAUUAACAUUAUAAUCAAAGGUUAUUCAUCUUUUGACUUUGCUCUU